UUGCUCUGGAAGCACAGUCCGUAUGUACUUUGUACUUUGGAGAGCUCAAACCAAAAUUCCCCCUGGAACAGCAUUACAGGUAGCUACGUAAACAUCUCUUUCUUGUCCCCCUGUCUGUCACAAGUCACCAGUAAGUGCGCAAAGGCCAGGGAACUGUUUUGUACAGUCAGGACGCAACUUGGAGAACUCAAAAACAAGUUCCCAGUGGAGCAGUACUACAGGUUCCAUGAGCACUGGAGGUUUGUUCUGCAGCGCCUGGCCUUCCUGGCAGCGUUCGAGGUCUACCUGGCGAGUGCGUCUCUCAUGACACGCGAUGAAGUGGCACAAAUACUAGGAAUCGAGGUGGUGCGAAAGAAGGGAUUCCACCUGGAUGUUGAAGAUUACCUGACAGGUGUGCUGAUCUUGGCCAGUGAACUGUCUCGCCUGGCGGUGAACAGCGUCACAGCAGGUGACUAUGGCCGCCCCCUCCGAAUCUCCAACGACCUGGACUCUGGCUUCCGACUGCUUAACCUCAAGAACGACCCCCUGAGGAAGCGCUACGAUGGCCUCAAGUACGACGUGGAGAAGAUAGAGGUGGUCUACGACCUGUCUAUCCGUGGCCUGACCAAGGAGCAGGAGGCUGGGGGAAACAAGUAGAGCUGUUGGGUGUGGAGGUGUAGGGCUGGGCCUCUACCCUAGGCUGGCACCUGACCUCUCCAUAACUGGGACUGUGGAGUCUUGACCUGCUGAAUGGCAGGAAUAGGAGGUCUUUGGCCCCAGUAGCCUAGGACAGACUUGUGCAUGUGAUGAAUGACAGUCUUGUCAGUGGGGUUUGAAAGCCUUUGAUAUAGAGGCACAGUUUGAAGGGGAGGGGUUGUUCCAGUUUGAUUACUGGUGUUUGGAAAUGUUCACUGUAAUAUCCAACAUCAUACUGUAAUAUGCCUGUUAUCUUUCAGUGGUUUUUGCUGUUCAUACAUUUUGAACUGAUGUUUUGUACUGGUAUGAAUUAUUGUUGUUCAUUUCAUUUAAGGGGGGUGAUGACUGGGUGUAAACCUCCACCCAGAAGAAAAGUGUUAACUACCAUGUUUAAGAAGCGCUUAUUUUGUUUUAGUUCACAAGCAAAUAAAUAAUGAUUCUGUGCCAUUUGUCUACCAAAAGCACGUGAUAUAACAUAGGAAUUUUCGUAUGGCUAGUUUGGUCUCUGAUUGUUCUAUUCCUGGUUUAUAUCUCAAAAUGUUCAAAUAACUAAUCAACAAAACAUCAGAGGGACGCAAGGAGACUAGGGGAGAAUCUCAAUUGCCUACUCCUCGCCUCCUUCUCAAA